AUGUCAGCACUUUUAUCACUUAUCUUAUCCUUGGGUCUCGGAGCCAGACUCGCAACCUCCCUUCGAUGGGACCCCGAAUACUCCGACUGGAACCUGAACAGGAAUCAGACAGCUGAGGAUCCCCUCCAUUAUAAUGGCACCUGGGACGGUCACACAUAUAACAAAUCGCCGGAUAACUGGAGAUUUCCAUUCUACACCCUCUUCCUGGAUCGCUUCGUCAACGGUAACCCGACCAACGACAACGCCAACGGAACGGUAUUUGAGCAGGAUAUCACCAGCACACAGCUGCGCUAUGGCGGAGAUGUUCAGGGCGUCAUCGACAGCCUGGAUUACAUCCAUGGCAUGGGCGUGAAGGGACUCUACAUCGCUGGAUCGCCGUUUAUCAAUCUACCAUGGCAAUCCGACUCAUAUUCGCCCGUUGAUCUUACACUCCUGGAUGCGCAUUUUGGAAACAUUGACGAAUGGCGUCGUCUCAUAACGGCGAUACACGACCGGGACAUGUUUGUGCUGCUCGACAACACCGUGGCAACUAUGAGCGAUCUCUUAGGUUUUGAUGGAUACCUGAACGAAUCCACGCCAUUUGAUCCAGAAGAGCACAAGGUCGUGUACAAAUCAGAAAGACGGUACUUGGAUUUUGACUUCACCGACACCUACAAUGAAACCUGCAAGUUCCCGCGCUUCUGGAACGAAACUGGGUACCCAAUCGACCAGAUAUAUGUCGACCAAUUCAAGGGAUGCUAUGACAGUGAUUUUGACCAGUUUGGGGACACGGAGGCUUUUGGAGUCUUCCCCGAUUACCGCCGCCAGAUUACAAAGUUCGCGUCCGUCCAAGAUCGACUCCGAGAAUGGUUGCCAUCGGUCCAACAGAAGUUGAUCAAUUUCUCUUGCAUGACAAUUCGCAUGCUCGACAUUGAUGGUUUCCGGUACGACAAAGCAAUCCAGGUGACGGCCGAUGCCUCGGCCGAAUUCUCAUCGGCACUUCGACAAUGCGCUCGGGCGGUGGGAAAGACGAACUUCUUCAUGCCUGGCGAAAUUACUGGUGGAAAUGAUAUUGGCUCCAUCUAUCUUGGGCGUGGUCGUCAGCCAGACCAGAGAGACGGACUGGACAAGGACCCCAGCCUUGCUCUCAACCUCACCUUGGCGUCUGACCCGAAGAACUUCUUGCGCGAGCCUGGAAAGACUGCGCUCGAUGCCUCGGCGUUUUCCUACUCGGUAUAUCGCUUCCUGACCAGAUUUUUGGGCAUGGACGGUAAUUUGGAGGCCGGCUACGAUCUUCCCACGAACUGGGUGCAAAUGUGGAACCAGAUGCUUACGACCAACGACUUUGUGAAUGCGAACCCGGAACACAGCUACUUCGAUCCCCGCCACAUGAUCGGAGUGACGAACCAGGACGUCUUCAGAUGGCCGGGUAUCGAGCAAGGCGUUGACCGUAUGCUGCUCGGCAUGUUCAUAACUUAUCUCCUGUUGCCCGGAAUCCCUCUCGUUCUGUGGGGAGAAGAGCAGGCAUUCUACGUCUUGGACAACACGGCAGACAAUUAUAUUUUCGGUCGUCAAUCUAUGGCCGCAUCGCCCGCGUGGUACCUCCACGGCUGCUACGCAGGAGGUAGUACCCAGUAUUUCAACAUGCCUUUGCAAUCGGCGAGACAGGGAUGCCAGGACAUCAAGAACUCGUGGGAUCAUAGAGACCCGUCUCAUCCUGUCCGGAACAUUAUCAAAACCCUGUUCCAUAUCCGAGACCAGUUUCCGUCUGUCAAGGAAGGCGUCUAUCUCGAGCAGCUGUCUUCCAAAACCACAAUGACACAGUUGCCCGGUUCCGGGAAGACGCAGACUGAGGUGGGCAUCUGGAGUGUGUUGAAGAAGGGAUGGCCCGGUAUCCAGGAUCUCGGAAAUACAACAGACGUGUGGCUGGUCUAUCACAAUUCGAACGACACUCAUCGGUACGAAUUCGACUGCUCGUCACCAACGGACGGAUUCAUUUCGCCAUUCAAGGUUGGGACCACAGUCCAGAAUCUCCUAUUCCCUCACGGCACUCUUACCCUCGACAACAACUCAACAGUCGAGGGCAAGGGUUGCCCCCCGCCAAUCGUGCUCGCCCCAUUCGAGUUUCGCGUCUACGUUCCCAUCAUCUCAUUUGCACCGCCACCUCCGAUGAUCACCAAGUUUACCCCUGGACAUGACACGCCGGUCCAGUCGGCUGCCGACGUAAGCACGGUGGAUAUCGCGUUCUACUUCAAUGUAGAAAUGAGCUGCGAUGGAGUGACUUCGGUUAUCCAGUUCAACUCGUCCACGGAGAAGGGCAUUUCCCCCACAAUAGACAAGAAUUCGGUGAAGUGUGUGAAUGUGACCGGAGACGAAAGUCUACCGGCUUCAUUUGUUGGUUCCCUAGCAUCUGGCUGGAAGUGGUCCGCGACGUUGACCAAUGUCGCUGAUGGUGUCCAUCUCAUCACCGUGGCCAACGCUACAACGAAGAGGGCGGGAAGUUUUACCAACGCGCGGGAUGGGUUUCUUCUCAGGGUUGGCAAGCAAGACAAUCCGAUUGUCAACCCCAUGGUGGCCAAUUAUUCUAGCUCGCUCUUGUCUUGGGAUUCCAAUGGCAACCUUUCGGUGACGCACAGCGCUCCCGGAGCAGACCAGUGGCGGUAUUCUACAAACUGGGGCUCGUCGUGGAGCCUGUGGCAGUCUUACAAGGCUGGAAGCACCGCGAUAAGCCAACUCGACUGGAAAGGCUCCAAGGCCCAGGAGUGGCAGGGCCAGCAUGUCAUUGUGCAGUAUCACAGUCGUAUCCUUGGGAGCUCUGCCUUUGUUCAGCAUGGCGACACUGGCUUUUCGAGCCAACGCCGAUUCCCUCAUCUCUGGGUCAACGGGAAGUUCAAUCAGUACGGCUUUGACGGCGGCGCCAAGAACGCCUUGGCCCUUACCGCCGAUGCCCGAUGGGAGUGGCAUUACAUGGACGAAUGGCCGGGCGACUUGCAGUUGAAUGUUUGGGGCAUGAACCCCGACGGCCACCCCGACCAGUCAUUUAUUUACGGCGAUAUCGACAACGACACCGUUCUCGACCGCAUGCCCCCUUCUGCCAUGGUGCCCACCGUUAUCAACGUCACUCAAGGCCCAGUUUACCCUUUUCUCUCGUACCGGCUUGUGCUCCAAGACUCCACCAUGAGCUACCAAUUGGUACCGCAGGGCGACAGGAGAUACCAGAUAGCAUUUUUCAUCCUCUUGUGGAUUGUACCCAUCCUCACCGGCCUGGCUGCUGUGUUUGUGUUCAUUGGGACAUUUUACAAGGUCAAGGUUGUUGAGAAGGGAAUUAAGAAGCCGGCAAUCACCCUGUCGGGCGUCCUCCACCAGACGAAUGCCAAAGUCAAGUCCAAGGUGUCAGCCAUUAAGUCACGCAGCCGAAGGGGGUCCGUUUCGAGCGCCUCCGACUUUGGGGAUGGCGCAGUCGGACUCGCCGACCUUCCUCCCAAGCGUAGAAUGGUUUUAAUCGCUACCGUCGAGUACAAUAUCGAUGACUGGAACAUCAAAGUCAAGAUCGGAGGCCUCGGUGUCAUGGCUCAGCUCAUGGGUAAAGCUCUCGGCCAUCAAGAUCUGAUUUGGGUUGUUCCUUGCGUCGGCGAUAUCACAUAUCCGGACGUUCCCGAGGAGCAGGCCGAGCCCAUGACAGUGGAGAUUCUCAAUGCCCCUUACCAAGUCAUGGUCAAGUAUCAUCAAGUCGAAAACAUUACCUACGUACUCCUCGAUGCACCCGUCUUCCGGCAGCAAACCAAAGCUGAGCCGUACCCGCCCAGAAUGGACAAUAUCGAUUCGGCCAUCUACUACUCGGCAUGGAACCAGUGUAUCGCGCAGACCAUUACGCGAUUCCCAGUCGACAUUUACCACAUCAACGAUUACCACGGCGGUGUUGCCCCGCUCUACCUCCUGCCAGAAAUCACCAUUCCCUGCUGCCUGUCGCUUCACAAUGCCGAGUUCCAGGGCCUUUGGCCGCUCCGGACCCCCGAGGAGCGGAAGGAAGUCUGUGGUGUCUUCAACCUGUCCAAUGACGUUGUCCAGCAAUAUGUGCAGUUCGGCUCCGUCUUCAAUCUUCUUCACGCCGCGGUCAGUUACCUUCGGGUCCACCAGUCUGGAUUUGGUGCCGUGGGUGUCUCGAAGAAGUACGGAGACAGAUCGUUCGCUAGAUAUCCGAUUUUCUGGGGUCUGUCGCAAAUUGGGCAGCUUCCUAACCCGGACCCGAGCGAUAUGGAGCAAUGGGAUGCCCACGCCAAGCACGAAAAAGACGUCAAGAUUGAUCAGGACUUUGAGAGGUCAAGAAGCGACCUUCGAAGACAGGCACAGGAAUGGGCCGGCCUUGAAGUCAACCCUAACGCGGAACUCUUCGUCUUUGUCGGCCGUUGGAGUCAACAGAAGGGUGUAGAUCUGAUCGCUGAUCUGUUCCCUUCUAUCCUGGACGAAUACCCGAAUACGCAGCUUAUUUGUGUUGGUCCCUGCAUUGACUUGUACGGCAAGUUCGCUGCUCUCAAACUUUCCAAGUUGAUGGAGAUCUACCCUACCCGCGUCUUCAGCAAGCCCGAGUUCACAUCUCUACCGCCCUACAUCUUCAGCGGAGCCGAGUUUGCCUUGAUUCCUUCCAGAGACGAGCCCUUUGGUCUGGUGGCCGUCGAAUUUGGUCGUAAAGGAGCUCUCGGAGUUGGCGCCAAGGUCGGAGGUUUGGGACAAAUGCCAGGAUGGUGGUAUACCAUUGAAUCAGCCAGCACAUCUCAUUUGCUGAGUCAAUUCAAGCAGGCCGUUGUAGCGGCACUGGACUCCAAGACAGAUGUUCGCGCAAAGAUGAGAGCGUGGUCGGCAAAGCAGCGUUUCCCUGUUGCGCAAUGGCUGGAAGGACUCGAGAAGCUCCAGGGCCGUUCCAUUAAGCUGCACAACAAGAUGAAGUUCAAGUCGAAGCGGAAGCUCAAUAUCAGCUCGUCGAGGGAUCGUGGCGCGUCAAGAGAACGCGAUGUUUCUAGAGAUCGAAACCUAACGCCGCUAACACCGACCACGGGAUCCAUGUUCCUUCCAUCACGCCCCGAAUCGCCUUCAGGCUGGCCAUUACCGCCUAGCCGAGGUGGCGGCGGAAGCGGAUCUCGCCCUGGGACACCCGACUUUGCUGGACCCGGCUUCCCGAGCUCUGGUCUCCACAGCCCUGCAUUCCCGGAUAUGCGCGGCCGGCAGCACGACAGCGAUGCCGACUCGGUCUACUCGGAUACCAGCACGCUUGCUCCUCCACGGUUCCUGGGAGAGGCUGAGUGGAGCCCCAAUCCUCGGCGCAACCUCCGACAUGCUCACGGCCUGUCCACGGCAAGCUUUGCAAGUGUGGUGUCUGUCGACUCAAUUGUAGGAGGCCGGACGGAUUUCAAACUGCAGCAAGUCGAUCCCUUCUUCACCGACUCCGACGGAAAGUUCAUCACGGCCUUUGAGAAGAAGCUCGAGAAGCUCAACAGCAAGAACACCAUCUCUCAGCUGUGUAUCGAGGAGUACUUGGUCGACAGUGAGAGAGAAUUCUUCGACGGGAUGCGCGACGCCAAGCUCGGUACCGGCCACUCACGUUUUAAUUCGACGGUCAACUUGGUUGGAGCCGGCGGCAGCGGCGGCCCCUCGUCGAGACGGAACUCUGAGGAUUACGGCAUGGCAUACCAGAACGCCAAAGAGGAUUUCGAGAAGUCGAAGCGAGAGGAGUACGGGCUCAGGGACGACUAUGCCCCCCCUACUGGCAUCAAGAAAUUCGUGCAGCGGCGUGUUGGCGAAUGGCCCGUGUACUCUAUCUUCCUCGCCUUCGGCCAGAUCGUCGCCUCCAACUCGUACCAGAUCACCCUCCUCACCGGAGAACUUGGUCAGUCGGCCGAGCGUCUUUACAUUGUUGCCUCCAUCUACCUCGCUACAUCUAUCUGCUGGGGCGUCCUUUCGCGGACUACCAGGUCCAUCUACUCGCUUUCGCUUCCGUGGAUCUUCUACGGCGCCGCCUUCGCCUUGAUCGGCGCUGCACCCUUCUUCAAGAACUUGGACACGCGGUCUUGGGUGCAGAACGUGGCAACGGGCUUGUACGCGACUGGAUCGUCCAGCGGUGCUCUGUUCUUCGCCUUCAAUUUUGGUGACGAGGGUGGCGCUCCCGUCUCGACCUGGAUCUGGCGAGCCUGUAUCAUCCAGGGCGUCCAGCAAGCGUACACGGUCAUGCUUUGGUUCUGGGGCAAUCUCAUCUCGUCGUCGGGCGCUCAGGGCAAUGUCGGGCCCAUCUCGGCUCUGCCUGUCCUGUUCCCCGUUACCAUGGUAAUCGCCGUCAUCCUCUGGACGUGCGGUAUCAUGCUCUACAUCGGCCUGCCCGACUACUAUCGCCAGGAGCCCGACGAGGUGCCGUCGCUGUACACUUCCAUCUUCCGCCGCAAGACGACCGUCUGGUUCUUCGUGGCCGUCAUCCUGCAAAACUACUUCCUGUCCUCGCCGUACGGUCGCAACUGGUUCUACCUGUUUAGCAGCCAGCACGUGCCAAUCUGGGGCACGCUCCUCCUGACGGCCUUCUUCUACAUUGGCGUGUGGAUCGGUUUCCUGGCCUUCUUCGCCUUUGUUAGCAAGCGUCAUCCGUGGUGGUUGCCCCUGUUCGCUCUCGGGCUCGGCGCUCCUCGCUGGGCGCAGAUGCUUUGGGGCACCAGCGGGUUUGGCCUCUACCUUCCCUGGGCAGGCACACCAUUCUGGUCGGCGAUUCUCGGACGGUCGCUCUGGCUCUGGCUCGGCCUGCUUGACACGGUGCAGAACGCGGGUAUCGGUAUGAUUCUCAUGUUGACGCUCACGCGUAUCCACGUGUGCGUGGCCAUGCUUGUCGCCCAGGUCAUCGGCUCUAUCGCCACCAUCGUGGCUAGAGCCAGUGCACCUAAUAAUGUCGGCCCCGGCGACGUCUUCCCCGACUUCUCCGAAGGCAUCGCCGCCGGCCUCGCGAAGCCGUGGUUCUGGGUCGCCCUCAUCCUGCAGCUCGUCAUUUGCGUCGGCUUCUUCAAGUUCUUCCGCAAGGAGCAGAUCAGCAAGCCGUAA